AUGACCGACUCUCCAUCUGAGUCCCCCUCCUCAUCUCCCAAGAAAGUUGUUUUCCAAACCAAUUCCACAGGAGACUACUGGACAGAUGUCAAGGAGGCUGUGAAGAGAAUAUCAUUCUGGGAUGACUUGCAAAAGAUUGGCGAGAUCCCCUGUGCACGGAGUAGCCUUCUCAGUGGCAUUGCGAGCGGUGCUGGUGUAGGGGUCAUUCGCGGACUGAGUGCUGGUCCUUUCGUCGCGUCCAACUGGGCAGUGGGCACGUUCAUGCUCAUCUCAUUGGGCACAUGGGUAAAUUGCCGUAGGUCAAGGGAUGAAGAGCGUCGACGGAUUCAGCAAGUCGUAGAGCAAAUUCCAAAACGAUUUGCCAAGAAGCAAGAUGAUCCGACUUCGCAGUCAGAUACAAAUACAUCUGCAUCCUGA